GCUUCCCCGCGGGGUGGCGCGCGCUCCCGGCUAGUGGGGCGGCGCGCGGGCACGGGGCUCGCUCCCGAGAGGGCAGGUGGGGGCUGGGAGCGGGCGCUAGGGUUGUGGUGGCCGGAGGCGCCUGGGCCGCGAGGUCGACGCCUGUGGCUGCGGCGGCCGAGGCCAAAGGACCCGCCGCGGCUCGGUCUCCGGAGAGCGAGGGCUCCGCUGCUGCCGCCGCCCGGCCGGUGCCCGGUAAAAUCAGUCCAGAGAAUCGAUGGAAUUUGCCCCAAGUGUUGCACCCAGCAAGCUGGCAGUAAGGACCCGGGUACUGGCGGAUGGGGAUGGCGGUUCUCACUCUCUGUGCGUGAAGGCCAGAAGCCAGGGAGCCCGGAGUGACUGUGGAUUUUCCGGACACCUCUACAGCCCCGUUCCCUCCCAGCUGAGGCAGCGCGAGCCCCGCUUCAGGCACAAGGUCACUGCCUUCCUGGGGCCCCGGCAUCUCCUGAGUGUUGCGUGGUCCAGGGCCUCCAGCCUGGGAUGAGAGACGGAUCUAGUUGACGGAGCCCCUGGACUGCCAGGUUCCCGACCAGGGAGGAGGAGGAGGAAGAGAACUCCAUCUGCUGGGGCCUGAGUGUGGCCUGGGGGACGGGCCAUCGUCCCAGAAUGCCCCUGCCGGAGCCCAGCGAGCAGGAGGGCGAGAGUGUGAAGGCUGGCCAGGAGCCGUCCCCGGAAUCCCCUGAGCCAGGCACAGAUGUUGUCCUUGCAGCGCCCACAAAGCCCAAAGAGUUCUCCAAACUGGUCCUGCUGACGGCCUCCAUGGAGAAUGUGGAUGGGGUGGACUCCCAGCCCAAAGGAGGGCACUGUGUCAUGUCCCUGGAGAUGUCUGGUCCUGACACACUGGCCAGGACCCCCCAGAUCCUGCCAGUGGAGGACCAAGUGGGGGCAGCCCAGACAACCCCCCAGGCCCCUGAGCAGACAUGCAGCAAGCCAGAUACAGCAGCCCCCAAGCCCCUGGAGUUCCUGAGGACCCCUUUCGGGGGCCGCCUCCUGGUGCUCGAGUGCUUCCUGUACAAGCAGGAGAAGGCAGUGGGCGACAAAGUCUACUGGAAGUGCCGUGAGCACUGUGAGCUGGGCUGCCGGGGCCGGGCCAUCACCCGAGGCCCACGGGCCACAGUGAUGCGGGGCCACUGCCACCCGCCGGACGAGGAGGGCCUGGAGGCGCGGCGCCGGAGACAGAAACUGCCCGGCCCAGCCCUGCCUGAAGGCUUGGGGGUUCCAGAGGGCCCUCGGGGCCGAGUGGAAGAGCCGCUGGAAGGGGUGGGCCCAUGGCUGUGCCCUGAGGAGCCAGAGCCCACCCCCGGGUUGGUGCUGAGCAAACCGGCCACAGAGGAGGAUGAGGGGCUGCGAGCCCUGUCACUGCUGAGCUUGCCCCCCAAGAAACGCCCAACACUGGGGAUCGGAGAACCCCGGCCCUUGGAGUUCCUGAGGACAUGCUAUGGGGGCAGCUUCCUGGUGCACCAGUCCUUCCUGUACAAGCGGGAGAAGGCCGUGGGGGACAAGGUUUACUGGACGUGCCGGGACCACGCACUGCACAGCUGCCGCAGCCGGGCCAUCACCCAGGGCCAGCGGGUGACUGUGAUGCGGGGCCACUGCCACCCGCCUGAUGUGGAGGGCCUGGAAGCCCGGCGGCAGCAGGAGAAAGCCGUGGAAACGCUGCAGGCCAGGCCUGGUGGGCCUGGGGGCCAAGUGGACAAGCUGCUCCAAGGCGUGGACAGCCUGCUCUACCGCAGGGGGCCGGGGACUCUGACUCUCACCAGAGCCCGGCCUAGGAAGCGCACAAAAGUCCUUCCGGCCCAGCCCCAGGCCCCGCAGGGAUCCCCCACUGAGGACCCGGACGAGGACCCUGGAGGCCCUGAGUUCCUGAGGACCCCUCUGGGGGGCAGCUUCCUGGUGUACGAGUCCUUCCUCUACAGGAGGGAGAAGGCGGCCGGGGAGAAGGUGUAUUGGACGUGCCGGGACCAGGCCCGCAUGGGCUGCCGCAGCCGGGCCAUCACGCAGGGCCAGCGGGUGACCGUGAUGCGGGGCCACUGCCACCCGCCCGACCUGGGGGGCCUGGAGGCCCUGAGGCAGCGGGAGAAACGCCCAGGUGCGGCUCAGCGGGGGAGCCCAGGAGGCCCUGAGUUCCUGAGGACCCCUCUGGGGGGCAGCUUCCUGGUGUACGAGUCCUUCCUCUACAGGAGGGAGAAGGCGGCCGGGGAGAAGGUGUACUGGACGUGCCGGGACCAGGCCCGCAUGGGCUGCCGCAGCCGGGCCAUCACGCAGGGCCAGCGGGUGAUGGUGAUGCGCAGGCACUGCCACCCGCCCGACCUGGGGGGCCUGGAGGCCCUGAGGCAGCGGGAGCAGCUCCCCAGCCCGGCCCAGAGGGAAGGCUCAGGAACCCUCCGGCCUCUGGAGUUCCUGAGGACGUCCCUCGGGGGCAGGUUCCUGGUGUACGAGUCCUUCCUCUACAGGAAGGAGAAGGCAGCUGGGGAGAAGGUGUACUGGAUGUGCCGGGACCAGGCCCGGCUGGGCUGCCGCAGCCGGGCCAUCACACAGGGCCAGCUGGUGACGGUGAUGCGUAGCCACUGCCACCCGCCCGACCUGGCAGGCCUGGAGGCCCUGAGGCAGCGGGAGAGGCUCCCCAGCGUGGCCCAGCAGGAGGACCCAGAGAAGAUGAAACUUCCGCCGGAAGUGCAGGAAGGUGGAAGGUACAAAACGGGACAGCCAGUCCCCGUGAGGCCAAUCUCCUCCCAACUCCAGCAGACGGACCUCAUGUGUUGCCAGCGUCAAGGGCGCGCCAAGUGCGCCCGGGCCCCUGGCCUUUCCCACCCGGUUAGACCUUGCUUCACACAAACUCUCUUCCGCCCUUCUGCAGUGCUGGUGGCCUUCACGUUUCCUCGAGGGUCUCCCAGGAGCCCUGCUUUGGUGGUGUCUCCGAGCAGGCAAACAAGAGUGCCAGGAGCUGGCGGCUUGCAGGUGUGCGUGACCUGGGGCAAAAGGUCCGGCCCACGAAAGAGCUGAAGAAGCGUCUUUCCACAAAGAGGCCUCUUCCCUGCGCUGCUGCUCCCAGCUGCAAGCACCCAUCCAUUUUCAGAGCGUGACUUUGCCAAGGACGGUCCAGUGUGGUGUGGGCGUACUCGGAGAAGGUGCCGCUGCUUCCCGCUGAGCUGCCCCCGCGGAGCGCCGCCCCCCCCCCCCACGGGUUUUCCGGGCAGGUGCCAAGUGGACCUUCGCGCUCCUGGGCCACCUGCUGCUGCGCUGCAGCCGGCCCUCGUGGCGGCAGAGCAAGCCAAAGCAGAGGCCUCACUACACCCCCUGUCGGAGUCUCUCCCCUUUGCAGGCUUCCGACUUAAACCAGGGCCUUGGUCGGCACAGCAGGUGUCGUUCCCGGCAGCGGGAGCCAGCCCGGAUGCCCACGGGAAGCCGGGGCAGACACCAGCGGGCUGCCAUGUCUGGCUGAAGCACGAGAGGCAGGCCCGGUGGUGGCGGAGGCCCACCCCGUUCUCCCGGCUGGGAGCGCGGCAGCGGGCUGGCCUAGCAGGCCCGCGGAGAAGCAGGCUGACAUGGGCCAGGAGCUCCCGAGGCAGCUGCUUGCUAACGGGUCACUAACGGGGCCACGCCUCACGGCCAGCUUUCUUGCGCGCGCUGUGACCCGUGCUGUAGUCGCAGAGGGAGCCCCAAGCCCAGGGCCCCUCUCCUGCCAAGCUGGCCGCCGAGCCUGCUGUCUGGCUGUGGGAGAGCGACAGCUUGGGACCCCACUGUCCCUCUGCUGAUAGAUUUCCCGCCAAUAAACCCCGUUUUAUAUCUCA